CAAAAAUCGAGACGAAAAUAUACGGUCGUGUGCCUAUCCUGGAAGUGCUCUGUUUUUUCGACUCCGAUUCUCAGCCAUCAAAAUGCGACUAUCUUUGCUGCGGGCUGCCCGUUUGAACCCUGCCGUGAAGGAACUCCGCCUGCACCUGUGCCAGACCAGCGAGGAAUCGAAGGGAGUUCGGGAUUUUGUCAGCACCCAGUACGCGCAACUCAAACGCGAAAAUCCCAAGCUGCCGAUUCUGGUUCGCGAAUGUAGCGGCGUCCAACCGAGGCUCUGGGUUCGAUAUGAGAUGGGUAAGGAGAAAUCGGUUACCCUGACCAACUCCGGCGCCGCGGAUGUCGCCAAACAUAUCGCCGAGAUGGGAAAGUGAGCAGCUAAGGUUAAAUAAUAAAUAUCACUAGGUUCGUUUCAAUGUACUAAAUUGAAGAAUAAACUG